CAAAAAAUCAUGGUCAUCUCAAGCACUCCCCAACGGUGCCGACGCCGGACGGCCGUUUAGACUCUCUAUCAUCAGUUUUCCAACUACCCUUCGAUGUUUCCAAGACAAUCCGUUCGUAGUAAAUAAUUACAAGGCCAGGGAACGAACGCCGACGAAGCUUCAAUGGAAGUCCUUUCAUCGACCCACAGGCAGGCUCUGUUCUUCGCCGGGACUCCGCAGUCGCAGAGCUAUGCCCUCCACGGAAAUGCACGUAAAGUCCAAAGCUUUGCGGCCGGGGCAGUUAAAAGCGGAGGCGCUGUGCUUACCCAUAAGGCGUUCGACGAAAUGCCCCUUUCGAGUACUUUCGCUUGGAACAACCUCAUCCAGGCCUCCGUCGCCGGCGGAGACAUAGGUCACGCGAUUCUCGUUUAUCAGCAGAUGAUGAGUCGGGGCGUUUGUCCCGACAAGCACACUCUGCCCCGCGUUCUGACCGCUUCUCGUCUCUCGGGUGACUUACUGUUUGGCAAACAGGUUCAUGGGCAUGCCUUGAAGCUCGGGUUAUAUGGCGACCGCUAUGUCGGUACUGCUUUGAUUGAAAUGUACGGCUGGCUCGAUAGCAUUGGUGCUGCGAGAUCAUUGUUUGAUAAGUUCACUUGUAAGGACUCGGUUUCGUGGACUGUGCUGGCUCGGUUGUACUUGACAGAAAACAAGCCGCAGUUGGCUCUCGACCUGUUUGGUGAGAUGGUGAACUCAGGGGUCACAAUCGACUCGGUUGCACUAGCAACUGUCAUUGGCGCUUGCGGUCGAGUGAAGUCGCUUCAUGAAGGAAGAAAGCUUCAGGAGAUUGCUAGAAGAUGUGGACUGGAAUCUGAUGUUUUGGUUGGAAACUCACUCUUACAAAUGUACAUUGAUUGUGGGAGCAUCGAUGAUGCUAGGGGACUAUUUGAUCAAAUGCCUAAUAGAGAUGUUAUUUCAUGGACAACCAUUAUCCAUGGUUACGUGAAGCAGGGAGGAUUCAAUGAGAGCCUGAAAUUAUUCCAGCAAAUGAAUAAAGAUGGAAUGAAACCGGAUGCAAUUUUGAUUUCUGCUUUAUUACCAGCUUGUGCAAGGAUGACGGCAUGUAAGCAUGGGAAGGAGAUUCAUGGGCACUUGCUCAGAAGUGGUAUGAAACUCAAUCUUACUGUUCAGAAUGCUAUCAUGGACAUGUACAUGAAAGCCAGCUGUCUUGAGUAUGCCUAUAAAAUUUUUAAAGAAAUUCAUAGUAAAGACGUCAUUUCAUGGACUGUGAUGAUUUUAGGCUAUAGCCUACACGGAGAAGGAAAGCUAGCUCUUAGUUUGUUCCAUAAAAUGAAGGAAGACGCAGGCAUACAAAUUGACGAAUUAGCAUAUGGUGCAGUCCUCCAUGCUUGUGUCACUGCUUGUGCUGUCGAGGAGGGGAAGUUUUACUUCAACUGCAUUAGGAAUCGUAAUAUCACACACUACACUUUAAUGGUUUCUCUUCUAGCUCAUGCUGGACUCUUUGAUGAGGCAAGUGCCUUCAUUGAGGAAUCGCAGAUUGAACGGCAUGUAGAAGUUCUGAGAGCACUGCUUGACGGGUGCAGGAUUCACCAUGAAGUAAAACUAGGCAAACGCAUUAUUGAACAGCUCUGUGAAUUGGAACCUCUAAAUGCUGAUAACUACGUGCUUCAGUCAAACUGGUUUGCGCACCAAGAAAAAUGGGACAUGGUUGAUAAUAGUAAAGAAAUGAUGAAUGACAUGGGUUUGAAACCUCAAAAGGCUUAUAGUUGGAUAGAACAUCGAAACAAAGUCCAUGUAUUCGGUACUGGGGAUGUCUCUCACCCAAGGUCUGAGAAAAUAUACUGGCAACUGGAGCAACUAAAGGAGAGGAUGCAAAAGGAAGGGCUGCUGCCUGAUUUAGAUUUCAGCCUCCAUGAUGUGGAUGAAGAGCGAGAGUGUAGUCCCAUGGCACAUAGUGAAAUGCUGGCUGUCUCAUUUGGUCUGAUUAGCAAACAAGUUGGGACGGCUAUUCGUGUGACAAAGAACCACCGAGUUUGUGUCGGCUGCCAUGAUGCUUUGAAAGCAAUCUCCAAACUUGAACAGCGAGAAGUUAUAGUGAAAGAUCUGCGUCGGUUUUACCAUUUUAGGGAUGGGCUGUGCUCGUGUUGUGAUCUCCAGUAGAGAACAUUUUUGCAUUCACAAGGUGCUGACAAGAAGAGGAACAGUUUGCAAACAACGAGAGUCCAUUCCACAGAUUCAAAGGGGCAAAGAAAUAUAUCAUGUUUGGGGAAAAUGCUUUGUAGUCCAGAAAGUUAAGCUUCUGGCCAACUUUGUAGAAGUGAGAAAAACCCUUGAAAUUGGAACCUUUCUUUUUUCUUCUGUUAUGUUUUCAGGACAGCAAGCUGAGAUGAAUUCCAAGCACAACAGUCUUAAUUGCACUUUCGGCUUCUAUUUCUAGUAUGUUUUCUGAGGCAUGCUUGUUACAAGAUCAGGACAGUCGAAUAAAUGACGCUCUCGGCCAGCAGCUGGUGUCUAAUGCAUCCAUGAAGAUGUUCGAGUGAUACCUUAUUGACUUCAUCAAGGAGCUGGUUGCAGUAUCAUCGACGAGCUUUAUUAUGUAUGCCAUGAACUAAAACUUGGUUAAUUAUCUUCAUUUGAAGGAGGCAGAGAGAGGACGACAUGUGCAGUGCGGAAGUAGGGAAAGCUGAUUGUCCACGGAAGAAACGUCAAAGCGGGUGUAUUCAAGCUUUGAUGGUCUUCUACCGAACAGCGUACUCAUUCCAGAUCAUCUAAACUAAGACGCAGCCCAUGGACCACGAUUCUGGAUGCAGUCUCCCGGAACAUUAACGAGCAGCAGCAUGAAGCGAUAUCGACCAGCCAGAAGAACGAUGAAAUGGCGGCACCACGGGAUUAGGACAGGAAGGACAACCAAUGCUGUCUCGAAACCAAUCCCGACGAGUCACGCUAUUAUGAAUUCGAGCCUGUCUCGAUUGUCACGACAGCGCACAUGAGAACCUAAACAAGUUGAGUCGGCUUUUUUCUCGUAUGCUGUUUCCAAACGGUUGUACUUUUCCCGCAUAUUUGAGAUUAUCUACAUGUCAAAAUCUUAGAACAAUUGUAUUUAAAGAUUAAUAAAAUGGGUUAGUAGUCCUUACCUGA